UCGAGCCGCUCCUCGUGCGGCGCCGCCCUCUUCCUCACCACCUCCCUCUCGAUGUGGUUUGUGGUAACCCAAGAGGGAUAGAAGGUGUCCUCCCGGGUCCAGGCCCUGCCAGGCGGCCGCGAGCGCGAAUGCCGGCAAGCGUGCGGGCGUGGGAGGCGGCUGCGCUCUUCCCGCAGGGGCCCAGCGCUGCGUGAGGAUCCCUGGUCAGCCUGGCCUCUCACUGGCCGUGGACCGGGCCCGGGAGCGCGCGAGGCGGCGACGGGAACCCGGGACCCCAGGCCGCGCGACACAGCCCCGAGGCGCCUCGCCCACGCUCGCGCUCUACCCCACCCCCUGCGCUUCCUUCCUCCAUUCAGCGCGCCUGAGAGCGAGCGAGGGCUGGACGCGAACCAGAGCAAGCCUCGGACCGUUCAACUUAGUGGUUCCCGGCCCGCUGCCCGCGCGCUAUUUGUGAGGCGUGGCCCGGCGAAGGAGGCGCUUGAGGGGCGUGGGGCUCCCCAGCUGGCGGCGGUGACGGAGAGGGCGCGCGGGACAAUGAGCUGGGCAGCUACAAGCCGCGGCCGCCUUUAGCUGGCUGAGCGGGCCCACCUGCGAGCAUGGCCCGCGUGCUCGAGCCAGGUGUCCCAAUGCUUUAAGGCCGGAGCGCCCAGAUCAGGGCGCGCUGCGGCUGGGGCGGUGGGGACGUUCCUUCAUUAAUUUAUUUAUUUGUGGAGAGCUUUCUCUGAGCAACCGCGAUGGCCAGCACCAGGAGCAUUGAGCUGGAGCAUUUUGAAGAACGGGACAAAAGGCCGCUGCCUGGGUCGCGGAGAGGGGCUCCCAGCUCCUCUGGGGGCAGCAGCAUCUCUGGCCCCAAGGGCAAUGGGCUCAUCCCCAGCCCGGCACACAGUGCUCACUGCAGCUUCUACCGCACGCGGACCUUGCAGGCCUUAAGCUCUGAGAAGAAGGCCAAGAAGGCACGCUUCUACCGGAAUGGGGACCGCUACUUCAAAGGCCUGGUCUUUGCCAUCUCCAAUGAUCGUUUCCGUUCCUUUGAUGCGCUCCUCAUAGAGCUGACCCGCUCGCUGUCUGACAAUGUGAACCUGCCUCAGGGCGUCCGCACGAUCUACACCAUAGACGGCAGUCGGAAGGUCACCAGCUUGGACGAGCUGCUGGAAGGAGAGAGUUACGUGUGCGCCUCCAAUGAACCAUUUCGUAAAGUUGAUUACACCAAAAAUGUUAAUCCAAACUGGUCUGUGAACAUCAAGGGAGGUACAACCCGAGCCUUGGUCGUGGCCUCUGUGAAGAGUGAGGUGAAAGAAAGCAAGGACUUCAUCAAACCCAAGUUAGUGACUGUGAUUCGAAGUGGAGUGAAGCCGAGGAAGGCCGUGAGGAUCCUUCUCAAUAAAAAGACUGCCCAUUCUUUUGAGCAGGUCCUAACAGAUAUCACCGAAGCCAUUAAACUAGAUUCAGGCGUGGUCAAGAGGCUGUGCACCCUGGAUGGAAAGCAGGUUACUUGUCUGCAAGACUUUUUUGGUGAUGAUGAUGUUUUUAUUGCAUGUGGACCUGAAAAAUAUCGUUAUGCCCAAGAUGACUUUGUCCUGGAUCAUAGCGAAUGCCGCGUCCUGAAGUCAUCUUAUUCUCGAGUCUCAGCUGCUAAGUAUUCUGGAUCCAAAAGCCCAGGGCCCUCUCGCCGCAGCAAGUCACCAGCUUCAGUUAAUGGGACUCCCAGCAGCCAGCUUUCUACUCCUAAGUCCACGAAGUCCUCCAGUUCCUCUCCAACCAGCCCAGGAAGUUUCAGAGGAUUGAAGAUUUCUGCUCAGGGCAGAUCAUCUUCCAAUGUGAACGGUGGACCUGAACUUGAACGCUGCAUGAGCCCUGAAGGUGUGAAUGGGAACAGGUGCUCUGAGUCCUUCACCCUUCUGGAGAAAUACAGAAUCGGGAAGGUCAUUGGCGAUGGCAACUUUGCAGUAGUUAAAGAGUGUAUGGACAGGUCCACUGGAAAAGAGUUUGCUUUAAAGAUCAUAGACAAGGCCAAAUGCUGUGGAAAGGAACAUCUGAUUGAGAAUGAAGUGUCAAUACUGCGCCGAGUGAAACACCCCAACAUCAUCAUGUUGGUUGAGGAGAUGGAAACGCCAACUGAGCUCUUUCUAGUGAUGGAACUCGUCAAAGGUGGAGAUCUCUUUGAUGCAAUUACUUCUUCAACCAAGUACACAGAGAGAGAUGGCAGUGCCAUGGUGUACAACCUGGCCAAUGCCCUCAGGUACCUGCAUGGCCACAGCAUCGUACACAGAGACAUCAAGCCUGAGAACCUUCUGGUGUGCGAAUAUCCGGAUGGGACCAAGUCUUUGAAACUGGGAGACUUUGGACUGGCAACAGUGGUUGAAGGCCCUUUGUACACAGUCUGUGGCACACCAACUUACGUGGCCCCAGAAAUCAUUGCUGAAACAGGUUAUGGCCUGAAGGUGGAUGUUUGGGCAGCUGGCGUGAUUACAUACAUACUUCUCUGUGGAUUCCCACCAUUCCGGAGUGAGAACAACCUCCAGGAAGAUCUCUUCGACCAGAUCUUGGCUGGGAAACUCGAGUUUCCAGCCCCCUACUGGGACAACAUUACAGAUUCCGCCAAGGAAUUAAUUAGUCAAAUGCUUCAGGUAAAUGUUGAAGCUCGCUGCACUGCAGGAGAAAUUCUGAGUCACCCCUGGGUGUCUGAUGACGCAUCCCAGGAGAAUAAUAUGCAAGCUGAGGUCACAGGUAAACUAAAACAGCACUUUAAUAAUGCGCUCCCCAAACAGAACAGCACCACCACGGGGGUCUCUGUUAUCAUGAACACGGCUCUAGAUAAAGAGGGGCAGAUUUUCUGCAGCAAGCACUGUCAAGACAGCAGCAGACCUGCGAGGGAGCAGAGCUCGCCAGUCCCUUCCUCAGGCCAGGAGGCCCCUCCCCCACCGGAGUCUCCCAAGCCCUCUAGCCCCCCAGCCACCUCUGGCUGUGAUCUGGCAGGGACCUGGCGCCGCCACCGAGACUGAACUCUGUGUAGACAGGCCCACGCUGCGCUCUUCCACCAGGCCUCACCGGCUCCUUUCUGAAAGAGCCUGUCUCUCCUGACUGCUGCUUUGACAGAUUGUUGGCAUAUUCUAUCACUGCCCGGGAACAGGACUGGGGCAUCAGGAGCCAGUAUUCAGCAUGGUCUCAUGUACUUGGGGCUCUGCCCGCUCGAGUUCCUGGCCAUGUCAAGCCAUGUCAGUUGUGGAGACAUACUGAAAAUGAGCGACUUAUUUUAAAUCAUCCAUGUUUCUAGUUGAGUAGACAGUUGGCUGCUUUACCCAGCGAAUGUGCAACUUUUAUCUGGAAUUACAUUCUUUUUAUAGAGAUUCACUGGAUGAACGAAGAUUCUCCUAUUGAAGGAUUCUCCAAGUGCUCCCUUCUCACAGAGGGCACAGCUAUGGUUGUUUCUUUGUAUCCUGUGAGACACAAUAUGGCCUCUUCCUCUUCAUAGGGGGCCUGAGGCUCCCGGCUUCUGAACAGAAGAAAUGAGUACCCAAGAGGUACUCCUGACUUAAGGAAUGCACUGACGCCCCAGAAAGCAGCUCCCCUCUGACUGGGGCGCAGGGCUCACAGACCUACAUGCCCUCAGUUUCCCCUAACUUUCCCUAUGCGUACUAAGAAGUACUCAUGAAGGUGGCCUGUGGCUUAUCAGUGGGAUGUGCGGCAGCUCUUGGCAGAGCAGGAUCAGCUCGGCUGCAUCAUUGCUGGGGCUUCCUCCACCUCUGAGAGCAAGAGCAGCAGAAUGCCAGGCAGGUCUGCUGAGACCCAGCGGGGACUGGGGUGCAUGGUGCUCCUUGAAUGUCCUGUGACCAACCCUCCGGAAGGCUGCUGGCAGUUUUUCCUUUUUUCCAUCACCUACUCUUUUUAAUAAUUGUAUAUAACUGUGUAUUUGUUUUACCUGCUUGUCUUCUAAAUGGGUGGGCCCUACAGUUCACUCUCGUUGUUAUUCUCCAAGUCUCCCCAACCUGCAAUAAAUCCUUCCCUCUUCGGAAAGCCAUGGGGUGGGCAGAGGUUUUGUAUGGUUGUUUCAGAAAGUGCAUGGCACCUCUCCUUGGUCCAGGCCCUUAGGGGCCAGUGUCUGGGGCCACUACCAGAAGAGUGCACAGAUCUUUGCCUUGGCUGAUGUGUAUGUGAUCACAGGUGCUGGGGCUCGUGACCAAAACACCAAAAUAAGGAAGUUGUUUAGAGAUGAGCUAGGGACAAUAAUGGGAAAGCUGGGGCUCAUAGAAAGUGGGCUGGAAGAGCUCUUCCCAUGCCAGCCCUGGCUGGGACUCUGCUUUUCUCUUGUAAGUUCCAGAUUUUCUUGUUAAGCUCUGCUUUCUGCUUGUGACUCUGCUCAUCUGUCUGUCAUCUACUUGGAGCUUUACAAAUGUCAGCUUGAAACCCCUGGCCAGGCUCUGCAUCUCUCGGUUCACACUGCUGAGGGAUUGAGACAGCUGACCUGCUGACCCUGGGUCCGACCCAGCCCAGAGCUGUAGCAGACACAGGAGGAAGAAGUGAUCAGAAACACUGUGAGGUGCGGGGUUAGAACACUUCAUGUGUCUCUCUACUAACUGGUUAAAAAGUGAGCUUUAAAAACAGAUUUAUUCUAGAUUAUGUGUAUGCCUGUCUGUGCGGAUGCAAAUGCAUUGUCCAUGGGAGUCCAGAGGAAGGCAGUGAAUCUGGACAGUUGUGAGCUGCCAGACAUGGGUGCUGGGAAUCAACAUCUGGUCCUCUGGAAGAACAGUAAGUGCUUUUAACCUCUGAGACAUCUCUCCAGCACCCAAAACAAGAUUUUUCAUAGCCUGUGGCUGUGUCAUUUUCAGAGGGGAAGAGUUAAUGCAGAAGGAGGAGAGACAGGACAGGGGGUGGUGGGACAGGGUGUCUGUGCUCACACCAUAGCUGCCUCCCUCUCCUCAGCUGCGGUGCUCCUAAUGCAAGCUAAAGACUGUGAGCCAGGGCAGUACUCACGGUGACAGCAUGUGUCCUUCUGACCGUCCCUGUGGGAGGCAGACAGGUGGUGAAGCCUCACAGUCUUUCCCUCCGGAACAGAGAGAACACAGGUAAAGUAACAAGCCCCUAGGUGGUCCUGGCUAGUCAGAGGGGUGGAUGUCUGCAGCUGUGCCCCACUGCGGGGUGGUGUCCAUCCAGGCAGUAAAGCUGGAGAAUCCCGCACAAAGGUUUGAGACACGGUUCCUCUGUCCAUUUGCUGCACAAACACUUAGAAGCUGUGAUUCUAUUCUCAAGCUCCAAAUUAAAUACAGGUACUUUAUUUUCGGCUGCUCAGAUCCUGUUGAGAGAAUGGUACAUGCCUGUUCAGUCUCAUUCUCCCUGAGGAGGGAAUCAGUGUGAAGAGACUGAAACGUGGAAUAUGGCAGAGAAUACAAGUGGACAGACACCGUGGGAAGUGGGUGCCUGAUGUCCUCCAUCAUGGUGUGGGUGCCUGAUGUCCUCCACCAUGGUGUGGGUGCCUGAUGUCCUCCACCAUGGUGUGGGUGCCUGAUGUCCUCCAUCAUGGUGUGGGUGCCUGAUGUCCUCCACCAUGGUGUGGGUGCCUGAUGUCCUCCACCAUGGUGUGGGUGCCUGAUGUCCUCCACCAUGGUGUGGGUGCCUGAUGUUCUCCACAGCUGAGGAGUCUCCCGCCCCUUUCUGUCUUUGCCUCCUUUUGCAAAACGUGGUGGACAUAGAAGUGUUUGUUCCAUGUGUUCAUUAAAUGCCUUUGGUAAAACUCCCAGCAUCUCAUCGUGGCUAAGAUGGUAAUAUGUGACUUAGGAGAUGGGACAGUGUGGGGUGGAGUAACCAUGUUGAAAAAAAAAAAAAAAAGACUGUGUUGUGGAAAAUGCUAAA